UUCUGAAUAAAGGAACGAAACACAAAUUCACACAGACAAGGGCUUUUCUUCUCUAGCAUCAUUCAUUUGCUCUCACAGCAGUCAACAUGGCGUUUAUAUGACCAAACACGAGGUACAACAAGAAAGUUGUCGCUAAUAUUAAAUUGCACUAGUGACAAAGCAUCAUGACGAUAGAGUCAUCAUUUGCGACAUUUGUGCGGUUUUUGGCCACGACGCAAUGCUAUUUAAUACUGGCCGUGGAAGCGACUCGAGACAGCUAGAAAUUAUCAACUCUACAUUAACAAAACUUAAGAUCAUUGUUUAUUCUUUUUUCUUUUUUUUAUUAAAAAAAAAAAAACAAAAUCAGCUGGCAAACGCUCGUGCCCUGCUCAAUCACUCAAGGUGAAUACAAAAACAUCUUCACCAAGCACUUGUCAUCCUAUAUUUCAUCACAACACACAACGCUCGACUGUGAUACACUCCAAAAAUGGCGUCCACAGAAACUGUUGUCACGACCUCCUAUCUCCUCGGGAACCUGCACUGCCCGACCUGUGUCACUUUGAUUCGCUCCCUCUUACACGAUGCCUUUGGCGACAAUGUACUCUGGGUUUCCCCAAAUCUCGUUACGUCCGUUGUUACAGUCGAGCACAAAGAGAACUCCUCGGCUUCGGUUGCCAGCAUGCAUAGGGUACUUCAAGACGCUGGUUUCGAAGUUUGCGGCCUCAACACAACCGCCAGAAAUGCGAAUGAUCUCUAUCGCACUUCACAGGUUGACGGGGAGAGUAGCCGUGUCGCCGAGCGUUCCGAUGGCUGGUUGGAUUCUUUCUUUCACUUUUGGCGCCCACAAGUAUCACCUUUGGCGAUAGAGGCCGCUCGUGCUGCCCACCUCGAAAAUUGCGAAGCAUGUAAAUCCGAGAAAAUUCCCGGAAAGUCACCAUCUGAUGAUAAGAGUGGACUGGUUCGGGUUUCUUCUAUCGUAUCCGAUACCCCUACCAGACGUUCUUCUCUGCCGUAUCCCCUCCAAAAAGUGGUUACAGAAGCAUCCCCCACUCCAUCAUGGCGAGUUACACUCUCUGUUGGCGGCAUGACAUGUGCUAUUUGUGUCAAUACCAUCACGCAGGAGAUGGAGAAGUAUCCCUGGGUCACAAAAGUCGCUGUGAACCUCGUUUCUAACAGCGCAACAAUCGAAUACACAGAUGGUGAUCGAGCACAAGAUAUUGUUGAUGCCAUUGAGGAUCUCGGAUACGAUGCUACAAUCGACGAGGUUGUCAAUCUACAAGAGAAAAGGGUUUCGGCUGAGGAGCGUGAGGUUGAAGUGAGUGUUGAUGGCAUAUUUUGCCAGCGAUGUCCAGAGCGAAUCGUCACAACUCUCAAGGGUCUUGCUCCAGGCCGACUCCAGAUCUUCCAGCAGCCUACUGUUCAGAACCCUAUCCUAAGACUCCGUUAUACACCUGAUGCUCCAAGAUUUACCAUCAGGCAGAUCUUGCAAGCCAUCGAAGCAGCCGACGAGUCUCUCAAAACCUCAAUCUACCAUCCUCCCACACUCGAGGAGCGAUCUCGAAUCAUCAGAGCCAAGCAUCAACAAGCUCUGUUGUAUCGUGUAAUUCUUACAAUUGUUUUCGCUGUCCCUACCUUUGUCCUAGGCAUAGUUUACAUGAGCCUACUACCAGAUUCCAAUCACGGAAAGAUGUACCUCAUGAAACCUUGGGUCUCCGGACUCAGCCGCCUCGAUAUUUGUCUUUUCGCCCUUGCUACGCCAGUCUACUUCUUGGCCGCUGAUGUGUUUCACGUACGAGCAGUCAAAGAAGUCCGAACAAUGUGGCGAAGGGGAAGUCGCAUGCCCCUAAUGCAACGCUUUUACAGAUUCGGUAGCAUGAAUAUGCUUGUUUCACUGGGAACAAGCAUAGCCUAUUUCUCCUCAGUCGCACAGAUGAUUGCCGCAGGGGCAUCCCGGAGAGAGCAUCAUGAGUCUGGAGCAGAAAUGUAUUUUGACUCUGUCGUUUUCUUGACGCUGUUCCUUCUCUUGGGAAGGCUCAUCGAGGCGUACAGUAAAUCCAAGACUGGCGAUGCAGUCGAAAUGCUAGGCAAGCUUCGUCCAACUACAGCCCUCCUCCUUGAAAAGGACAAGGCUGGGGGCCAGAUCACUAGCACUGUGCCUGUUGAUCAACUUGACUCUGGAGACAUCAUUCGUGUGCCUCAUGGUGCAUCCCCUGCCGCCGAUGGCAUUCUCGUCAGUGGAGAGACUAACUUUGACGAAUCGAGUCUCACUGGAGAAUCUCGACUCAUCAAGAAGACGGAAGGAGAUCAAAUCUUUGCUGGGACAAUCAACAAGGCAGCAGCCGUUACCAUGCGUGUCACGGGCGCCUCUGGGCAGUCAAUGCUAGACCAGAUCGUUCAAGUUGUGCGGGAAGGUCAGACAAAACGAGCGCCAAUUGAACAGAUCGCCGACCUUCUGACCACCUAUUUCGUUCCUGUUAUCACUCUCAUAGCAGUCCUCACCUGGAUUAUCUGGAUGGUGCUUGGCUUUUCUGGCGCUGUCCCAGAUCACGAGGAGUCCUCUUCUGGCGGCUGGGUAGUGUUUGCCCUCCAAUUUGCCAUUGCCGUUUUUGUUGUUGCUUGCCCGUGUGGCCUCGCACUUGCAGCACCCACAGCCAUCUUUGUAGGCGGAGGUAUUGCGGCUAAGCACGGUAUUCUUGCCAAAGGCGGAGGUGAAGCGUUUGAGAAGGCGAGCAAGAUUGAUUGCGUCGUCUUUGACAAGACGGGUACUCUCACCGAGGGAGGACAGCCGAAAAUCACCGAUUCUGUACUCUUCCCAGACACUUCGUCAACUGAAGAGGAACGUAGUACUUUUCUAUCAGCACUCAAGGCUACCGAAGAGAGCAGCAGUCAUCCUAUAGCCAAAGCGAUUGUCUCCUUCUGUGGUGAUGCUCCGGCUAGCAAUGUUCAGAAUCUCGAGGAGUUGGCUGGAAGGGGCAUGAAAGCCUCAUUCAAGGGCGUUGACAAUCAAGAGAUGGACAUGAUUAUCGGCAACGAAUUGCUCAUGCGAGAAUUUUCAGUAAAUUUGUCGCCGCACAUCUCUUCGCUUCUCGAUACCUGGAAAUCCGAAGCCAAGUCAGUUGCUAUAAUCGCCACGAAGGCAUCAUCUGCCGAUACCUGGACACUUGCCGCAGCGCUGUCCAUCUCGGAUCCGAUCCGUCGUGAGACCAUUCCUGUCAUCCGAGCGUUGACUUCUCGUGGUAUUCAGGUAUGGAUGUUGUCUGGUGACAACGUCACCACCGCCCGCGCGGUGGCGCAGCGCGUUGGCAUACCCUCGUCUAAUGUCCUGGCUGAGGUUCUCCCAUCGGACAAGGCAGCUAAGAUCUCAUCUCUCCAAGCCUCUGUCCACGCACGCGGCUCAAUGACCAAACGCGCUACUAUCGCCAUGGUCGGAGACGGGAUCAACGACUCCCCCGCGCUCACGACGGCCGAUGUGGGCAUCGCCAUAGGAACGGGAAGCGACGUAGCCAUUAGCAGUGCGGCAUUCGUGCUCGCAACGUCACAGCUUACGGCUGUAGUCACGCUCUUGGAUCUCAGCCGCGCCGUCUUUCGACGGAUUCGUGUCAACUUUGCGUGGGCACUUGUGUACAACAUGCUUGCCGUGCCCGUUGCGGCUGGGUGCUUGUAUCCGAUUGAGACUUCAAGUGGAGAACGCGUAAGGCUGGAUCCCGUGUGGGCGGCUCUCGCGAUGGCUCUAUCAAGCAUCAGUGUAGUGUUGAGCAGCCUGAGCCUUCGGACUCGGGUUCCUGGAGUCGGAUUUCGCUCUCGCAAGGUUGACAUGGAGGAGUAGUAUUAGGAAUGGCGGUAGGGGUAUUGGCAGUGGUAAUGUUGGCAGUAAUGGUGUAGCUGCAUAUUAUGUCAUCGUUUAGAUAGUACGAGCUCACCCUCCAGAUUCUCAAAUUCAGGGUUCUCUUAGAUAUGCACAGCUUACUCUUCCGCUCUCACGCACCUCGUGCCACGCAUAUGCCAUGUCGUCGAUCUCAUGUGGUGAACCAAUAGACGAAUUCUCGCAAUCACCCUGUCUCGAAACAUGUACCCAAUGUGAUUCUCCUUCGGUCCCGGCGGAGGUUACAAAGAAUAUGUCAUUCACACCAUUUUCAUUUUCGUUGGUGUGAGUCGCUGCUCGCCCGAGGGAUCCGUGAUGACUUCACAGCCACGAUCGAUCAAAUCUGUCCUCACUCAAUUGAGCGUGCGCUGUUGCAUCAUGGAGCAUUGCCGACUUAACGAGUACACAAUAUAUUAUGUACAAACGAUUAAAACAUGGUUUAAUUGAGCAACCUAAAAAUAUAACACGUUGAUGGUUGAGUAGACGUGGAGAGGAGAGGAGAGUUCAAAACACGUUUCAUUGCGAAUGAAACAUGACAAGGUUCAUGCACUCAUCAACCUCGUAUCAAGUAAAGCAAACUCCAUAAAACAAGCUCUACUCGUAUUUGUCCGCCACCCGCAUACGCAACCGUCUCCAUAUGUAGACACCCUGGCUCUGAGUGCGCAAUCAAGUAUUUUCUCUUGAGUCAUUCAAGAAAAAUGCAAUGUAAUUUCAAUCUCUAGCUACUGUAGCAAUUGCAUCCGGCAGUGCACGCAAAUGGAAUCUAUUUGUCUGCUUACAUCUUGAUCCUCUGUCGGACUCGUCAAAAUCCGGAUUCGAAGGAUUUGACUGUUUGUGGUAGAAACGAUUACGUGAUUGGUCAAAGUACCAAGUAAGCCUACCAAAUUUGGUAACUGGCCCCAAACUGUAGGGGAGGACCCUGCAGAGGCGCAUCGUCAGGCAUAAGGAAGGCUUAUUUUAAGGCACUACCGACACUGGCUUACACAUUCACUGUAAGAAAAUGGCUUGCAGUGAACCUCGCAAGGAUGGAUGGCACAGAAAAGGAAUUAUUGAUAAUUCAACACUGAAUUGGAGAGAUCGCGGCAUGUCGCCCGAUUUGUAGUGGAAAGUUGAAUAAUACUAAGUUGUAAUUUGGUAUCUGUAUUGUUCUUAGAUGUUGUUGUUGUUGUUGGGCCCCCAAAGAUGUAUACCCCAUUAAAUAACUCCAUGAUCCAAAUCCUUUCAAAAUGUGGCAGUGUAUGAUGCCUACUCCUUAUCCUGAUCCUAAUCCUAUUCCCCCAUCAUAUCCCCGAUACCAAUCGGGGGGGGCGUAAUACUUUGUAGAGGCCGUCAAACAACAUUG